AUGGUCUCAAACCCCUUAUUUGGUAGCUCAUCGCCACAAGAGCUUACCGCAAACUCGAUUCAUCAUACAUCUAUAUUCUCAUCAACUCCGCCGACAUUCAUUCUGCCAACCCAUCUGACCCUGGAAAGACUCCACGAGGUAGAGAACCGUCUCAUUGAAUAUGGUGGAAACCUCACCUAUGACAUUUCGGAAGCCGGUCUAAUCCUGGGCAACGUUAGCCAGAAGAAACGCGCGGCGUUGGAAUUGCGCUCGCAUGGCGUUUGGACAGAGGAAAUCCCUGAAUUAUCCUCCUCUCAGUCCAAAGCACCAUCGAAAAAAGAAGAACCGCCGGUGAAACGCAGGCGCAUUGAUGGUAGUCAUUUGCCCAAAGACGCAGCCACAGAGAUUGUAGAUCUCAGUACCGAGUCUGAAGAAGAGGAAGAUGGUGGGGAAACUCGACACAGCCCGGCACAAGAUCUGAUUCAAGCACCAGAAGGGCAACUGCAGAUAGUGGUAGUUGUCAAGCUCGAAUGGUUGGAGCGUUGCAUCAAGGUCGAAGAAUGUCUACCGCAGGACGCCUUUGUGAUUUACCGAGGGCAAAAGGUCGCUGCUCCUUCGAGCAUCGGAGCUGGCCAAAAGUCCCCAGAGAAAAUACCAACCCGAAUUCUCCAACGGGCCAAAGAAGAUGCUACAUUAAAUCCCCCGCCCGCUCCAUCCUCUAACCGGUUCCUGGCCCGGCGCUCGAAAGAAGUACCGGACGGGGCCGCAAGUCAGCGAAAUCCACCAGUGCUCUAUCGCCAAACAACCUCUGAGCAUGACGAGACCGUCUCAUUACCACCACCACCAGACUGGGUCCGCAACCAAGUUCUCUAUGCCUGCAUGCGUUCCGCACCACUCCACCCUCCCAACGAGGACUUUAUCUCGCAACUCGAGAAGAUCCGCCGUAUCCGAGAGCUCACGCUGGACGACGUGGGCGUACGAGCAUACAGCACAUCAAUCGCUGCUCUAGCCGCUUACCCAUAUCUCAUCCGACGACCCAGCGAAAUCAUCGCUCUACCCGGGUGCGACGUCAAGAUUGCGAAUUUAUUCGCUGAGUUCCAGCAGAGCGGCGGCUGCAACCACACGGAUGAUGACGGCAACGUGGCCGCUGCAGACAUGCUAGAAAUGGAUCCUGUGCUGCGUGUGCUGAAUACUUUCUAUCGCAUCUGGGGAGUGGGUUCCAAAACCGCACGAGAGUUUUAUUACCAGCGAGGAUGGCGCGAUCUGGAUGACGUUGUCGAGCAGGGUUGGAAUUCGCUCUCGCGCGUGCAGCAGAUCGGAGUCAAAUUCUACGAUGAGUUCCUGGAUGGUGUUCCUCGCAAAGAGUCCGAGAAUAUUGCUGGUAUCGUGCGGCGCCAUGCUGAUCGUGUCCGGCCUGAUGCGGAUGGGGAUAUCGACUGUGUGCUGGUUGGUGGCUACCGCCGUGGAAAGAAGAUUAGCGGCGACGUCGAUCUGAUCCUGACGCACCGCGAUGACACCGUCACCCGCAAUCUCGUCGUUGAUGUCGUCGCCAGCCUCGAAACAGAGCACUAUGUCACCCAUACACUUGCUCUCAACCUGAGCUCCUCGCAUCGUGACCAGCAAACGCUCCCGUUUUGCGGCGACGACACAGGAAAACAUUUCGACUCUCUCGACAAGGCAUUGGUGGUAUGGCAGGACCCGCACUUCGGCUCUUCCGACAAUGAUACCCAACCUCCCAAAAAGAACCCCAAUCCACAUCGCCGCGUUGAUAUUAUUAUCUCGCCAUGGCGUACUGUUGGCUGUGCUGUGCUUGGCUGGUCUGGGGACACGACCUUCCAGCGAGAUCUUCGGCGGUAUGCAAAGAAGGCGCAUGCGUGGAAGUUUGAUUCGAGCGGCGUGCGCGAGCAUACUGCUGGAGGUCAGGUGGUUGAUUUGGAGCAUGGGGGAGAGAGCUGGGAGGAGCGCGAGAGACUGGUGAUGGAGCGGUUGGGGGUGGGAUGGAGGCCUCCGGAUGAGAGAUGCACGAGAUAG